CCUGUUUGCCUGAGCAUGUCAAUGCCUGGAACAAGUUGUUUAAGUAUGCUUGGCAAGAUUACAGAUCUAUCAUUGCCCAACUAUCUAAUGGCUUCUUCAGUUGGACUGCUUCCUACUCAGCUCCUAAACUCCUACUUAGGCACCACUUUGCGAACCAUGGAAGAUGUCAUUGCUGAACAAAGUGUUAGUGGCUAUUUUGUAUUUACUUUACAGAUUGUUAUAAGCAUUGGCCUCAUGUUUUAUGUCGUUCACCGAGCGCAAGUGGAAUUGAAUGCAGCUAUCGUAGCAUGUGAAAUGGAAAUGAAAACUUCCCUUGCUUCAGGCAACCAGCCAAGCACCACUUCUUCAACAACAUUCUGCAACAAGAGGACAAUAGCAUUUUCCGGGGGUGGGAUCAAUAUUGUGUGAUAUGAGUAUUAAAAUGUAAGGUUUUGUAAAUGUACGCUAUUACUUAGAAAUGUCUAUGGACAACUAUAACCGGUGUAAAAAAAUUAAAAAACCAGUUGCUGGUUGUACUUUGACACAAACCAACUCAGCAAUUCCUAACUUGCACAAGGAGGGUGAUAUUUAGCAAGGAACAAUAGAUGGCUAAGUAACUUUAAAAUGUAGAUGCAAAUUACUGCACCUUUUGUCCUUUAUGUUUGUCAUCAUAAUCUGUAGCCUGCACUUUAGGUUUUGUUUUGUGUUUGCUCUUAAAAACUGAGAAAGAUAGCCCAGAAGUAAAUAUUUUUCUGCUUAGCAUUAUUUAUAAGGUUGAAUUUAUAUAUGGUAGAUCUUUAUUACUGAAAGAUGAGUUAAAGUAUGCAAUUCAAUGUACAAUACUUUUGAAUGUGCUUUGCUUUCAAAAUAUUUCCAGAAAUUACAGUGUAUUACUCUGUUAAUUAUGGGACCAUUUGACUUUCCCUUCAUUUCUUACUUUUUAAAAAAGAGAACCCUAUAUAAACUUUUGGUUGAAUGUAUUUUUGUAAUUCAUUGAAAUGUUGCAGAGCCACUUGUACUUAUUCAGACAAGCUUAAACCCUACGUUGUGGGACUGAAGUGCUCUUAAAUAACGUUUUAAGUUACACUGUGUAAUAUGCAAAGUAAAAGGGAAACUAUAGAGGAUGUAAUAGAUUACGGUGAAUAUAGCACUAUCUGAGGGAAAACUCACUAGUUAUUUGCUCCAUUGGCAACAAAAGGGCUGUUCCAUUGCAAUUCUAUUUAUAAAAACUUUUUAAAGAUUUAUUUAAAGGAUAGAUUUGUUUUCAUUGCACACAAUACAUACAGUAAGAAUAGGGACUUCAAUUUCUCUCUGCCAUAAAAAAGUUAGGAUACUAGCAUUAGAAAUCUUAGACUAAGGUGGCCUUUGUUUUAUAUAAUGGUGAAGAUUCUUUAUUCCUUUAAAAAUGUUUAAAAAUCAAGCUAAUUCCAGUUAUACUCCCCCUCCCCCCACUUCUUUAAAUUUUUAAAAGAUUUAAAAUAUUGUAUCCUUAGGAGAAACACAGACUACGGGCUUUCCUUCAGAGCAAUUAACAGAAAAGGACAGCAAUGUUUUUGAGACUCAGGAACUCAGAAUCCAUUUUGAAAGAGACAAAAUUUUACUAGAAGAAUUAUGGGAUAGUGCUCCUUUUGUGCGAGCAGUGGAUUGUUUCUCAGUAUGUUAGUGCUUGUGUAUGUAGAUACAGUAUCUUUGUGCUUAUACAUAUGUUUGUGUGAGUUAAGUUCUGUAGAUAUACACGCAAACACUCUUCAGCUGCCUCAGAGGCCAAGUAACCAUCAUAAAAAUCAAGAUUUAUUACCUUUCUUUUGAGAAAUGACCUUUGUAGUUAUUUUGUUCUGAGCUGUAAAAAUAAUUUCUCAUCUUUAAGUUAGAAUGUAAUUGCUUAUGAUAGUACCUCCUUUGUGUAAGGCUGUUCUUAGGAUGUGCAAGCACAGGAUUUAGAAGUGAUUAAAUAGAUCACUUGCUGUAGAAGACAAGGGCCUUAACCAUACCUGGGAAGCAGAGAUUUGAUAACCUUUUAACAGCCUUAUGGUGAGGAUGUAUCAUAUUUAAAUAAUUUGACACCUACAGACUUUGCAGUAGUGCAAGUGAAAUUAUGCUAAAUAUGUAAGUAUUCUUUGUAAACCCCUGUUCUUAGAAGCUGAAUUAACUAAAUUAAACAGUGAAGUUUGGAAUGUCUCUUUUUUUUUUUUUUUUUAAAAACAGUCGGUACAUGCCUUGAGGGGUGUGUGCGCAUGUGUUGGCCUCCCAACAGCUGCAUUCCUGUUCUGUAUGAAAACCAUGAGAGAACUUGAUUCUUUCUUGAUGGUGUUAUUUGUCAUUAAAUAAUGAUUGAUUCCUGUAGUAACCGUUUUUUCUUCUGGGAUAAUGCUCAGUAAAUGGAUCUGAACUUUGCUCCAUGUGAAUUGAACUGACAAUGGUAUAUUUGUGUGUGAGGUGUCUUAAUUUGUUUAAUUUAAGCAAGCAUUGAUCAUAUAAUAACAUUUCCCAAAUACAUAUUUUGAAGUGCUUUUAUUUAAUAUUUUGUAACCAGAAUAGCUUCACUAUGUGAAUACUUUUUGUAGUAUGAAAUUAGUUCUUAGAAUUAUUGCAUUUUGCUUAAUGCUUGUAAUACUUGUGUACAGAUUAAUGGGAAAUAUGCAUUAAAAAGAACAAUUUCUAUUUCAUGCCAAUCAUAAUUUUAUACAAUAAAUUCUUUAAACAAAUAUUGUCAUGUAUUAC